AUCAGCCAGGGAUUUCUCCAAUAGGGAAGCUAUCAGCCAGAAGCUAUAAACAUUUGAGACUCACACCUGUUCCCCUCAUGGAUGAGAAGACCUCUCUGUCUCUGGUCAAUAUCAACCCAUUCACUCCAGAGUCCUAUAGAAAAUUAUUCCUUCAAUCAAAUGGCAAGAGGAAAACCAGAGACUACCUUGAGGAAACUGGAGAAGGAGAGAGCAAAUCAGAGCAGUGGCUGCCUGCUAAGAGAAGUGUUCUACAAGAAACUAAUAUGGCUUCCCGCUAUGAAAAGGAAUUCUUGGAGAUAGAACGAAUUGGGGUUGGGGAAUUUGGUACAGUCUACAAGUGCAUUAAGAGGCUGGAUGGAUGUGUUUACGCAAUAAAGCGCUCUGCAAAACCCUUUUCAGGAUUAUCAAAUGAUUUGGAUUUGCAUGAAGUUUAUGCUCAUGCAGUGCUUGGUCAUCACCCCCAUGUGGUACGCUACUAUUCUUCAUGGGCAGAAGAUGAUCACGUGGUCAUUCAGAAUGAAUACUGUAAUGGUGGAAGCCUGCAAGCUGCUAUAUCUGAAAAUGCUGCAUCUGGUACUCACUUCCCAGAGGCCAAACUCAAAGACAUCCUUCUACAGAUUUCCUUGGGUCUUAAGUACAUCCACAACUCUGGCAUGGUACACCUGGACAUCAAACCCAGUAACAUCUUUAUUUGUCAUAAAAUGCAUAGUGACUCUCCUAUAGCCCCAGAAGAGGCUGAAAGUGAAGCUGAUUGGUUUCUCUCUGCCAGCGUAAUGUAUAAAAUUGGUGACCUGGGCCAUGUGACAUCAAUCAACAAACCUAAAGUGGAAGAAGGAGAUAUUCGCUUCCUAGCUAAGGAGAUCUUGCAAGAGAACUAUCAACGCCUUCCCAAAGCAGACAUAUUUGCUUUAGGGCUAACGAUUGCAAUGGCUGCAGGCGCAGAGUCGCUACCCAUCAAUGGUGACAUGUGGCAUCAUAUCCGCAAGGGGAACUUCCCAGAGAUUCCCCAGCAGCUCUCACAUGACUUCUAUGGUCUUCUUAAGAACAUGAUCCACCCUGAUCCAGAGGAGAGACCUUCCGCAGCAGCUCUGGCCAGAAGUCGAAUCCUCCGGCCCUUUCUGGAGAAGACAGAUGAACUCCAGAAACAACUGAACUUGGAGAAAUCCAAGAUAGCCACACUGGAAAGGGAACUGAUAAAAGCUCAGCAAGUCCAGACCCCUCAGCGAGACCUCCACCAUGGUUAUCCUGGGACUUACGGGGCUCACCAAAGCCCAGGAAGCACACGACAUCUGGUGAGGGAAAGGAGCGGGAGCCCUCAAGCUGCUCUUGUGGGGCAUUCUCCUUUGAGGUGCUUGCUUAUCACCAGCCAGCCUUCAGCCAUGCACUCUUCAGAAAACUCUUACAAUGAGCAAUAUUGA